GAUCCCUUGAUCGCCCCCACGUCCCCACGUCGGACACUUAUCAGCCACUCUCUUUCUCAUCCACAGCCAUCCAAAGCCGAGGCAGCGAACGUGCAUCAUACAUCGGCCCACUCGCUCAUGCGCUCACACGUUCGAGUCCGAGGCCAUCAUCGACAGUCGUCUCGGCUCAUCCCUCCCGUGUCUUGUCGCAUGUCUCAGUCAUCUUGCCGUGCCUCCUCGGCCCGACUCAGCCAAGUCACCCGGCCUCUCCCCGCGCCCAACCAACCCACUCCUCAUCCCUCGCAGUGUGCUCUUCCAAGUGACAAGGGCCGACGGGCAAGUACAGUAGAUCGGGGCGUGUGCGUGACGGUGACGGUGACGGUGACUUGGACGGCGAUAAGCUCUGUCGCGUCCCAUCUGCAGUACAGUCCUGUGCGCGGUGCGGAACUACCCCACCCCCCACAGAUCCAGGAUCCGAGGCCCCAGGUAUGUGUCCAGAUUGGGGGGCCUGGUCGGUUCUGGCGAUAACGCAUCGCAUAUCAACUUAUCAUCAUCACCCAUGCAUCCACACCUCCAUGCCUCCAUGCGCCACCUCCUUAUCAUUCCAUCUACAGCACCGCUCAGGCGACAGCCGCGCGCACUCGCAGUGUACA